AUGGCGUUUGAAGCGCAGUUCGCAGAGAUCGAAGACAAGUCCUGUCACCUGCUGAGCUGCUGCUGCUGGGGCCUUUCCUGCACAGCGUGUGACGACCCAUGCUGCCUCGACCGGCACAAGUUCUGUUGCAUGUCCGGCGGCUGUACGUCGGGCGAGGAGUGCUGUGGCCAGAAGGGAUGCCUGACGUCGUUUGGGAAGGCGUUGUGCUGCGUUGAGGCGUGCUCCCUGAACAACAUGGCCAUAGGCUGCUGUUCGGUCUUCAUUCUGGGCCGCCCCUACGGAGAGGGCCGUCUGGUUAACGAUCGGGAGGCUGCCUUCAUGGAGGAGGUGUUCUGGUGCUACUACUGUUGCUGCGGAGGAACAGGUUGUGCACCAACCAGUCCGUCGCAGAAGCUGUCUCGGCAGGCGAGGCUGAAGGUCCUGGGUAGGUCUGUCUGGCGACCGAAGAAGCCUGCCGCAUGGGUGAGCGAAUCCGGACCCAAAGUUGUUCUCAAAGUCUCAGCUGCACGAGGCUAUGUUUCAAUGACACCAAGUGUUGCUGCAUCGAGGUGA